GGGGUCCGCGCCCCGCGGUUCCUCCGCACGGCGGAAAUGCGGAGCGGUUCUCAUCGGUUUCCUGCCUGAGCCGUGCCGUGCCGUGCCGUGCCACCAUGGGCGAGCGGCCCCCGGACGCUUUCUCGUGCAGGUAACCGCGGAGCGGAGCGGGGCCGGGACGGGGCGGGCGGCUCCGGGAAGAGACUGCGAAGGGAAAGUGGUGGAAGAGAGCGCGGGGCGGCCGUUUCUCUUCUGUGCCCCAGUCCGGAACGGGGUCCCCCCCGAGCACUCCCCUCACCUCCGUCCUUAUCUCGGGUUCCCUUUUCCCGAAGAUCUCUUCCUGUUCGCAGUGUGUGCUCCGUAUCCCAGCACCCCAUAACCUCUGGGCACCUCCUGUUCUUCUCACUGAGGGUCGUGGCACCCCUUAAACUCUGGGCACUCCCUCUCCUGGGUUCUCUGUUCUCUUUGGGGGGGUCCUAGCACCCCUAUGCUGGGCACUCUGCUCCCCGCCCUCCACCGUCGGUGUGAUCCUUUAGGAUCAGGACCCCGAAGGGACGAUGAUCCCUUACAGAGGACUCAAGACCCCAAAGGUCUGAUGGCCCCUUAGGGAGGGUGCAAGACCCCAAAAGGGGUGAUGCUGCCCCACAAUUAGGGGUGCCCCCCUGCGCACCCCUCUGCCCCACGCACUUUGCUGGCUCGUAGUGCUGCGUGGUUUGGCACACGCGGGGCCCCCGAGCACGAGGCCGGCGCACCGCAAGCAGUGCUGUGCCAACGUCCUCGUGUCAGCCCCGCUGCGCCAGCUGGGGUCAGCGCUCAGAGCCCUGACCUGUUGGCUCCGGCACUGGGAAUAAUGCGGCCGCCGCUGGGAUUUACUGUCAAGGAAACCGGAGUGAGCUGUCGAGCUGCGAUUUCGACAUUGCUGCAAAUGGAUUCAAGAUGUGCUGGGCUUGCGGGGACUUUUGGGGCUGCUGUGCUUUUGGUAGUGAAAGCAGCUGGAGGAAGCGGUGCUGUGCUGGAACCCAGCCGUGUUCCGUGUGCUGUGGGGCUGCGGGGUCGGGACCGGCUCAGUUCCUCAGACUUCUUUUCAGCUCAUUUCAAUGCAUGGAGGGCUUUCCCCCCCCACUCCCAGUACGUCUCUUUUACGUUUUUUCCCCCUCCUUCACCAUUACGUAUUUACAGUCUCUGGGAAGAUCCGGGUUGGUUUCGCUGUGUUUUGCUCUGAUCUGUGUGCUUUUGGGACGCUCCGAGAACAAACCUCGUGUGUGUCCUCCCCCCAGCCAUACAGUGUCCCCAGGGGAGGGACUGGGGCAAAGCAAUGGCUUUUGGACAAAUCCCAGCCAGAGGCACAAAGUGAAAGUGCAAGAGUUGCUGGCGGGGCUGCGGUGUGUGGCUCGAAAGGAGGAAGGGCUCCAUACUGCCCCACAGCUGUGGGGUGCAGGGGCAGAGACCCAUCCCUUCUGCACCGGGUGGUGGUCACGGGGCUGAACCAGUGGCUGUCCCCCAGCUUUGGUGGGCUGCAGUGUUUGCUUUGCUCGCAGGUGGCUGCAGAGCUGCAGAACUGGUUGAAAGGCAGAGGUGGCCUUCAAUAGGGUGACUUUUGCUGUGCUGGUGGGCACAUUCCCAGAACACAUGCAUGCAUCCUUAGAAAGGCUCGGCCACGUGUGGACUGAAAGGUGGCCAUAGAACAGCGUGGGUUUGCCAUGAGCACAGCACCAAGGCUGUUUACCAUGGCUGUGCCUAGGGCAAAGAGUACAUCGCGUCAUGGGCCAGCUCGGAGCAGGCAUCUGUUCCCAUGGAGUGAUGUAUCUGUCUCCAUAGGGUGACACAGGGCUGCUCUCCUCUACCUCCCCAGGCUGCAAAACACCAAAUCUCAGUGCCCAGAGCUGCACACAGCCACAUUCUCCUCCUGGGAUCACAUCCAGCUGUCAGCUCCUACUGCCCCAGCCCCAUAGCAGUGAGAUGCAGAGGAACCUGGUCCUAUAGGAACUGGUUGCAGAGAGACUGAGCCAUGCCACCGGGAUACCCACAGAGCUGCCCACCCCCCACCACCCCUGAGCCCCCCCAGCUGGAUGCAGCAGCACUGAAAAGUGCCGUUCAUCGCCCUGCGCUGGGCUGCGGGGCCGUGCCAAGAGCGGCGGCUGCUGCCUGGCUCAGAAUAGCUCUUUUCAUGGAGGACAUCCUGGGAAGGAACAAUGUUCCGCUCGCGGCAUUGUGGGAACGCUGUGUUUGUGUGAGUCGGGAAGCGGGGAGCUGCGGGGCGUUCCCCGGCUCCUCCGGAACAUCGCCUGUAGCGUGAAUUGAGAACAGCAUCCUAAAAGAGAAGCUAAAAGUGCACAGCUUUUCCUCUGCUCCGGGUACAGCCAUUUCUGUGCACAAAUCCCAUUUCCACUGCUGACUCGCAGCAAGGGGCCGGGCCCGGUUUCAUUUUUGGAUUGCUGCUUUUGCUCCCCAAACCCCGGGGCCGGAGUGACGCUCUCUGGGUUGGGCAAUAGGGUCGGUGGGAGCACUUUAAUGAGAUCUCCCGGGAGUGCUGGAGGCGGUGCAGCUGCAGGGCUGGAUCCUGGCGCAGGCUGGGGCUUGUUGCUGCCGCCCGCAUCAAAGCGCGGCCGAUUGGUCUCAUCCCAUCCAUCUCAUCCCAUCCAGUCCUGUUGCAUCCUGUUGUGUUCCAUCCUGUCUCAUCCCCCUGUUCUCCAAGAGAUGGCUGCUCCCGGCCCUGCAGCCCAAAGCACCCCCAAAACAACCCCGAAGCAGCAUGGGCUCUGCACUUUUCCACUGCCUCCAGAUAAGAGCCCUAAAUCCCACUGAGCAGGGCCAUGCCCAGGGGUGGGUGGGAUUCUCCAUUGGGUGCAAAUGGACGCAAUGUGCCAUCGCGGUGAUUGCUUUGGCUCGGUGGUGACCUGCAGAAUGCAGUGCCAAAAUCCUUUUGAGUUGGAUCCAAGUAGAACAUCCCUCCUUCUCCAUCCCGGUGCGCUGGGGGCAAAGGUGAUGCCGCAAGCACUGGGGCUGCAUUCCCAUCCUCAUCCCAGCUGGAAAACACCCGUUGUAACCUCAGGCUCCUUCCCACCACGUGCCACAGAUGAAUCCCAGCGUCCCCAAAUCCAACCUCUUCCAAAGCUCCAAAUCCAUCCACGUGCACCGUGGCACUGUCCCCGCAGGCUCUGCGUGUGCCGGCGAUCCCCGGGUGCCGGCGGAAGCGUGAGCGCAGCCGUAGGGUGCUGAGUCAUGGGCAGGCUGGCGGCGCUGAUAGACGGCCGCGCGCGGGGCCCGCUGUGGGGCUCAGCCGGGCCGUGGGGCCGAUAACAUCUCCCAUCGCCCAGAAACUGCACGGCACGUACUCAGAAGGCCGGCGGGUGGGCAGAGAUAGAGGCUGUCGUGGCGCUUCCCAGCGUUAUCGCCGCCCUGUCUGCAAAGCUGAUCUGCCGCUCUCCAAAUCUCCUCGCUCGCUUCCUUUGUGCUUUUAUUUUCUUUUUAUACAUUUAUUACUACUGUUAUUAUUAUUAUUCCCCGCCCCAAAGCAAUGCAAUCACUUUUCCUCCCCUUCUAGCAGCUGUGGGGAGGCGGUGGUGCGCGGCGCGGCAGGAUACGGGCGGGCUGGAGGAUGUUUCCUGCCUGAGCAGAAUGCACGGCCCCGAUAAAUGCCGCGUGCGAGCACAAGCACGGCCACCUCGCUGGAGCCACGGCAAUGAAUGGGCACGCUCUGCCAGCCGGCACGCCAGCGUAUCCCCGGGGCUGGCAUGAGUUUUGUGAGCUGCACGCCAUCAGCACCGCCAAGGAGCUGGCGCGACACUACCUGCGCUUCGCCACCGAGCACCCGCACCAUGACCUGCUGGCCGCCGAGAACUUCUCGCUGCGCUUCGCCGACCUCUUCCAGCAAUAUUUCUGCAAUGAGGUGAAGGAGGGCUUUGCCAUGAGCCAGCUCCGCAUCCUGCCUGCUGGCCCGGCGCGGGAUUACCGGGACACUCAGCGCCAGCAUGCAAACCCUUCCCUGGGCACCGCGGCUUCCAAAGGCGAAGCAGAGCCGCCUGCUCGCCCUGAGCCCCCGGCCGAGCCCCCCACGGGGCUGCGCAAAUCGUGGAGCUCGGAGGAGCUGACGGGGCCGGCACGGAGACCCUUCUCGCUCAGCCAGCUCCGCCGCAGCUGGCGCAGCCUCUUCCGCCGCCGCUCCUCAGAUGCUCUCCCCACGGAGGCCGAUGGUGAAGUGGCGGAGGCUGCGCUCAAAUCGGGACUGAGCAAACGCAUCCUGCCCUGGGGGCUGUCCCGGGAGCAGCCCCUCGAGGUGCGCAAGGAGGGGACGCUGAGGUACGGGCUGCUGGAUGAGACGUCACUGGACAGCGGAACGCGCUGGCAGCGCUGCCGCCUGGUGCUGCGCAGGGCAGGGAUGCCCGAUGGUGAGGAGUACGUGCUGGAGCUCUUCGACCCACCCAAGGGAUCCAAGCCAAAGCUGCGUGCUGCCUGCUCAGCCAUCCAGGAGGUGCGGAGGUGCACGCGCCUUGAGAUGCCUGACAACCUGCACACCUUCGUCCUCAAGGUCACCAAUGCCACUGAUGUGCUAUUUGAGGCGGGGGAUGAGCAGCAACUCAGCUCCUGGAUGGCCGAGAUCCGGCAGUGUGCAUGCAGGGGGUCAGAUGUGGGUGACCCUGAGCUCCUGUCAGGCCGGCACCCCGAUCCCGCAGCCACCAGCCCUCCUACCAGCUCAGACUCCCCAAGCCAAGGGGCAAUGCCAGGGGGGCCGCCGGAGGCAGCGGGGCCGAAGAUGGAGCAAUUCCUGUCUUCCUGCCCCUGGUUCCAUGGGCCCAUCUCCCGUGUGAAGGCAGCGCAGCUGGUGCAGCUGGGAGGGCUGGAGGGCCAUGGCGUCUUCCUGGUGCGGCAGAGCGAGACGCGCCGCGGCGAGUACGUGCUCACCUUCAACUUCCAGGGCAGAGCGAAGCACCUGCGGCUGUCGUUGACGGAGCGGGGCCAGUGCCGCGUCCAGCACCUGCGUUUCUCCUCCAUCACAGAGAUGCUGCACCACUUCCAUCGCUAUCCCAUCCCGCUGGAGUGUGGGGCCACCUGUGAUGUCCGGCUCUCCAGCUAUGUUGUCGUCCUUCCCCAGGCACCAGCUCCCGGCUCCAGCCCUGCGCUCCCUGUCCCGCUGCCCUUCUGGAGCCCAGAAUUCAGCCUGACCCCCUCCGAGUCCCCUCCAGAGCCCAUCUUCCACCUGGUGCCACCGGUGGCUGAGCUGGCGCAGGGCUCACACCCCAAUGGGGCACCCCAUGGCGCACGGCCCCGCGAUUCGGACUACGAAGUGGAAGCCCCAGGCCGGGGCCGCAUGCGUGCUGUGGACAACCAAUACACACCACUGUGAUGGGCGCAGGGAUGCACUUUUGGUGGAGAAGUCCCAGAGAUCCCUCUGGGUGGCACAGAGGAAAAAGAAUGUAUUUCCUUCCUUCUGGUUAGGGAUUGUUAUUUUUUAAUUUAGCAAGGAAGGGGGUCAUUGUUCACUCCAGUAUGGGUGUGCUCCCUUUCCUGGGCCUGUUAAAGGGCCAUUUUUUAAAAAUUUAUCUUUUUUUUUUUGUAUUAUCAAAGCUUUCUCGUUACUGUUUACACAACCACCAUGGGGGCACCGCACCGCCGUGUGCUCUCCUGCCCCUUCCAGGAGGAGUUGAGGGUGUGUGGUGCAUUCGCACCAUUGGAGCAAAUGAAUGAAAAGGAGAAAAAAUGGAUUCACAAUUCUUGGCCAAGCGCUGCCCGCGAGCCGGGAUGGGGCUGUGCCACGCUACUGCUCGCCAAGGAUUUGUUUUAUCUCUACAGACAAGGCAAAAACUGGCUUUUCUCACUCCUUAUUUUCCCCAGCUCGCCUGUUGCAGCCAAUCCUGCAGCAGCGCUGCCCACACCGCGAUGCUAACCGAGACGUGAACACUAACAGCUCCAUCCCUAACAGUGCCACUGCUGAGAGCUACUGCGGAGACUGACAGCAAAGCAUCCCCCACCAAUGGGGGCAUUUCCAGAACAAAACUCAGUUUCCCCAUGGUUUUGUACCUUGGCCGUGCAGCUGUGCACCCUGCUCAGCUCUUUUUUUCCUCCCCGCAAAAAAACAUGCAAGGGGACGGCGGUGUUCCAUGCUAUGCAGUAAUGGGCAGAGGGAGCAGAAAGCCCCUCUGAGCCCACACACCCAACGUGCCUUAGGAGAGGAAGAGGAAGGUUUGGUGUUUCUGCAGCUGUAAUACCCACACAGCAGCACUUUAACCUGCCUCCAUGUGUGUCCCCUCAAAGCAUGGGGCCCCAUUUACCUGCUGGUGCCUGGAGAGAGGAUUGGCUGCUCUGUCAGGAGGAAGGAGGGAGCUGGGGCUGUUGCCACAUUCAGGGCAUACUGGAAGUGCUCAGCUCCCAUUUAUGGGAUCAUAGAAUGGUUUGAGUUGGAAGGGACCCCCAAAUGCUAUCUGGUCCCAUUCCCCUGCCAUGCACAGGGAUACUGACAGCUCAAUCCCAAGGGCUCCUAAUACAACAUUACUCUCAAACUCACAUUACAGAGAAUCUUUUUUUCCCCCCUUUUAAAAGUAGAGCCUUCAAGAGCAUUAAUGGAGGAUUUCAUUUGAAAGCCAACAAUACAAAGCCUCAAAGCUUUUGGAAGGGUCUGAGAACGCACCAUGUGCACCAUUGGCCAUACACAGCCCGCAGCCAACCGCACAGCUCUGCUGUGAUAAGCAACUGCUCUGCAUAUGCAGACAGGAGAAAGUGGCUGCAUCACCUUGAGAACUCAUAUGGAGUUUCGUGUCUCCCAUCUCCUGCUCUGCUCCCAUUCUCCACUUUAUGCAUCCAGAGCACGCAAAGCCUUCUUUGCCCAACUCCUGUUUCCAAACCCCCAAUGCCUGCUCCAUGGCAUCCAGACUCCAAACUGGAGCAUUUCAGAGAAAACGAUACUGCGCAUUGUCACCUCCUGGGCUGCCAAACACAGAGAGGCUACAGGGGAACAAAGCAGCCCCUGUGCUCUCUUCCUUCCCAGAGCUGCACUAAGGCUGCAGGCAGCAGCAUGGUCCCCAUGCAUCAAAAAACAGCAAAUCAGGAACAAGGCUGCCCAAAUCUGGGGCUUUAAAGGCCAAUACCUCCUUGAUGCCUGGUCCCAGAUUGUUGUGUCUGGGGGAGAAGCUGCUCAGCAAAGCUCUGCAAGCCCGUGGAACACCUGCACAUGCUGCAGCCCCAGGCAGCCACAUCUGAAUGAUUUUUUCCCCAAAGGAUGAGAGGGUCUCACCCCAGCUCCUCCACAGAGGCAACAAAGGGAUGGGAAAAGGAAUUGCAGCCACACACAGUGUUCCUAACCCGCCCUUCUAUUGCAAGGGAUUUGGUGUUGUUCAAAGGGGAACCAUUGGGUUUGGUUAGAAAAACAUACAUUGAGUUCAUCAGGCCAUGCCCCUCUGCAAGGUUAAUGCAGUGCUGAAGGCACUCUAUUACCACAGGGGUAGGAGAGGUGCUCCCAGGACACUGCUUUUGGCAAUAAGGAUGCUAAGGGAAGGGGCAGUGCCUUUACUCUCCAGCUAGGGCUGCAGAGACCUGGUUCUGACAAUGCCUAUGACACAAAGCAAUAAUUAACAUUUUUAGUUAUCUCAUCCCUCCACGCCACACUGCAGCCCGGGCAGGUUCCCAGCACUGACACCACCACCAACUGGUGUUGAAGCACAACUAUCCCACGGCAAAGCCUCAGGGAAGAGCUCCAGGUCCAGGUGAAGCCAAAGCAGAAGGAAUCCAUGUAAGCUAGAGCAGCACCAGCUUGCUGGGAAGGGGCCAGGGAGGGACUUUUUGUUCCCUCACCUCCGGACCACACAACACUGCUGUCACACGACCAAGCAUAUAAAGCCUCCAAGUGUCUGAGCACAGUAUUCCAAACUUCAUGGUAAGCUCGCUGGCUCCCACCAGGGCACAGCCUGCACCAGCAGCCACUGCAUGCCCUCCCACCCAGCCUCUAGGGUGACUAAAGCCAACAGGUUCUGUUGGAUGAGUUUAGUGAUUUGGAAGUUCUACUUUUCACCUGCACAGAAGAGUUCUUCUUGUAUAAUAGGUUUUCUAUAUAUUGUUUCUGUAUGUACUGUACAAGUAACUUAUUCUUGAAUAAUGCAAUUUUACCAUAAUAUAAAAAAAAAAACCUGCUCUUAAUAAACUGUUUUUAGAA